AUGUUCCGACCAGCCCAGACCCUGACGCCCACCACUGGCUCUCGACUCCAGGACAGCCUCAUCAUGUCGGUCUCACUGACUCGCUCAGAGGGGGUCACUGUCCUCACUUUGACCUCUGACCCCUCCAGUGCCUGCCCUCCCCUCUGUCAGCUGCUGGGGGCGCUGUGUUACUCCCCCAAGCUCUGCUCUCGCUCCCCUGGGAUGGUCCUCCCGCGGCGGGGGUCCCAGGCCGUGCUUGGGGCCCUGUGGAUGGUGAACGGCGUGUUGCAGGCGGCGCUCGGGGGCGUCCUCCUCAGUGCCGGGGGCGCGGCCUCCUACCAGCUCAGAGACACCUGGUGCCCCGUGUGGCUGGGGGGGAUCUUCCUGCUGCUGGGCGUCUGCUGCGUGCUGACGGAGCGGCGGCCCAGGCCCUGCUCCGUGCUGCUCAGUGGCAUCUUCAACCUGUUCGGAGCCGCCAUGUCCAUCACCGCCAUCGUCUGGUACUGCACCCAGCUCUCUGAGGCCGGCUUCUACUCCAUGUGCUACGAUGACUACUACUACUGGGACAGUCGCACCACCCCGAGCCCGUCCCCAGAGAAGGAGGCCCUGAGAGCGCGCUGCCUGGAGGGGCGCAGGCUGCUCCGGGCCCUGGUGUACGGCAUCGGGGGCGUCCUGCUCACUCUGGCCGUCCUGGGGCUGUGCCUGGGCAUCAGCUCUGCCACGCUCAGCUUCAAGGCUCUCUGUGCGGCCAAGACGGGGAAGCCAGACAGUCAGGCCCUGCUGCAGGAGGGCAAGGAGCCCACGGAGGAGAAGGAGGGAUAG